AUGCAGCCGCCUUCGAAGCCACCAGAUAGCCGCUGCCUAGGCAAAAGAGUGGCUUGCAAGCCUCGAGUCUCGCAGACCAGCAAUCCCGACAUCCGUUCCCUUUACUCCUUCCCACACCGCCGGCGGACAUUCCGCGUGCGAUCGGCCUGGCCAAGCAUUUCACUAGACAGUUCACCAACAGCACGGCAAAUACGUCUCCCACCUCCGAAAACGCCCCCAUCAUCACCUGCUAAUGCAGCCACCAAGAUGUUCACAACAACCACGACCUCCGCGACCAAUGUCAUGGGUGCAUUCCUCGCCCCCGAUGUCCCGCCAUCCACCACAAACGCCACUAUCAAUAUCACAAACCCCCGCGAUGCCGACGACGACAACGUCAAUGGUCACCAGCAUCCCCACCAAAAGUGA